CUGUGCGCCAUUUUGGAGGAAAAAAAAUCACGGAUAAUUUCCGUGGUCUUGACAGAUCUGGACCCGAGUCUUAACACUGAUUUUGGAUGCUAUCUAUUUCCCUUAGCAAGCCACAUUGGUUCAUAAGGUAUCGGACGCCGUGUACAACAAGAGCUGCUAAAUGAAGCAAUGGCGGGAGUUGCAAGUGGAAAUGAUUUCCAGUGGUGUUUCUCUCAAGUGAAAGGAGCUAUAGAUGAAGAUGUUGCGGAAGCCGACAUAAUCUCAACUGUUGAAUUUAACUAUUCUGGAGAAUUACUUGCAACUGGAGAUAAAGGAGGCAGAGUAGUCAUUUUUCAACAUGAACAGGAGUCAAAGAAUCGCCCACAUCUGCGUGGAGAAUACAAUGUCUAUAGCACUUUUCAAAGUCAUGAGCCAGAAUUUGACUAUUUGAAAAGUUUAGAAAUUGAGGAGAAAAUAAAUAAAAUACGAUGGCUACCACAACAGAAUGCUGCUCACUUUCUACUUUCAACAAAUGAUAAAACUAUCAAAUUAUGGAAAAUUAGUGAAAGGGAUAAAAGAGCAGAAGGUUACAAUCUAAAAGACGAAGAUGGACGUCUUAGAGAUCCCUUUAGAAUCACCGCCUUACGGGUACCUGUUCUGAUGCCAAUGGAUCUUAUGGUGGAAGCGAGCCCACGCAGGAUCUUUGCAAACGCGCACACCUAUCACAUAAAUUCCAUUUCUGUAAAUAGUGAUCAUGAAACGUACCUCUCUGCAGAUGACCUAAGAAUAAAUCUAUGGCACUUGGAAAUAACAGACAGAAGUUUUAAUAUUGUAGACAUCAAGCCUGCCAAUAUGGAAGAACUCACAGAAGUAAUCACAGCUGCGGAGUGCCAUCCACACCAAUGCAAUGUAUUUGUGUACAGCAGUAGCAAAGGCAUCCGCCUCUGUGACAUGCGAGCGGCAGCACUAUGUGAUAGGCACUCAAAAUUCUUUGAAGAGCCUGAAGAUCCGAGCAGCAGAUCCUUUUUUUCUGAGAUAAUUUCCUCAAUUUCGGAUGUAAAGUUUAGUCACAGUGGACGCUACAUGAUGACACGUGAUUACCUCUCUGUCAAAGUAUGGGACCUAAAUAUGGAAAAUAGGCCAGUGGAAACAUAUCAGGUCCAUGAAUACCUUCGCAGUAAACUCUGCUCAUUGUAUGAAAAUGACUGUAUCUUUGAUAAGUUUGAGUGCUGCUGGAAUGGUAGUGACAGUGCCAUAAUGACUGGCUCCUACAAUAACUUCUUCCGAAUGUUUGACCGGAACACCCGGAGGGAUAUCACACUGGAGGCUUCGCGAGAGAGCAGCAAACCACGAGCCACUCUCAAACCGCGGAAAGUUUCCACAGGAGGGAAGAGAAAGAAGGAUGAAAUCAGCGUGGACAGCCUGGACUUCAACAAGAAGAUCCUGCACACCGCGUGGCACCCCAAAGAUAAUGUGAUAGCUGUGGCAGCCACCAACAACUUGUACAUUUUCCAGGACAAAAUCAAUUAAAAGAUUUUGGGACUCCAGUGGAUAGGGCUUUUACCAUACCUGUGUAGUUAAGCCUACUACUUGUCUAUCUGUAUAAGAAGAAACGGCCUGGUUGUCCUCCAGGUCAAGAAGCUGAAAGCACGUCUCGACUUUUUUGCCACAGGAGGUUGACCCCAUAGGCUUGUUUUAUUUUGAGUCUGAGCUUAGGUUGAUUUCGCCUUUGGCAUCAGGGCAAUCAACAUGCCCCCUGACCCAGAAUGCCCAAUUCGGGUCUAAUUGAUGGAAUAGCCCUCCCUGGAGGUCAAACUCUUGAACGUUGGUGUUUGUGUUGACAUUUUAAGCCUUCAUUUCAUGAUUUAACAACAGAACUCUUGGAAGCCCUAAUGAUGACGUCUUGUCAAAGUUAUAACACCAUUUUGAAGAUUUUGGGCCCACUGAAGCACGCAUCAUUGGCCAAUAAGCUUGACUGUAACAUUCCCCCUGGCCAUUUAUUCAGGCCAAACCACAGGUGGAAGAGACCAUGAAUUUGGAACAUGGACUUUUUCUUUCUUUUCCCUCCCUUUUACUUUAUCCGUCAAUACGAUGACAUAAUUUCACUGACUGUAUCUACUCAAGUACACGUUGUCAUCCACAUAAUAAAAGAAACUAAAACUA